CACUGCCGGGUGUACCCUCACCAUGGAGACGAUGGUGCUGUAGAGAGGAGCACCCCGAUCCCGUUGCCAAGUGGACCGUGCCGAACUUCAUUAGAUUCUUGAUUGUCAAGAGAGUCAAGAGUUGCGGAAGGUGUCCAAUUAAACCACUCUGCUGCUGCCAUAGAAAGUUUUAAUCAAACAAGUGGGACUUAAAUCUAGGCCUUCUGGCUCAGAGGUACAUAUCAGUCAUUUGAACUUGGUAUAUGCACACUAUCUUCAAACUUGCUACCAACACAAAAAUAAGACUAACAAGCAAAGGGGAGGACAUCAAAAGACUCAGGAAGACAUAAACAGGAUUCAGAUUACAAAAUGGCAUGCAGCAACAAAGAUCCCUGCAGGAAGGAGCCAACUUGCCCACCAAAAUGUGCUUAUGUAUCAAACCCUUAUCUUGAAACAAUGGAAGAAGAUGUUUUAUAUCACUUUGACCUUGGGACGAAAACACACAAUCUCCAUGCCAUGUUUGGUGAUGUCAAGUUUGUAUGUGUAGGAGGAAGUUCAUCGCGAAUGAAAGCCUUCAGUCAGUACAUGAAUGAGCUGUUGGGACUUGGGCGUGCCACUGAUGACAUACCCAAUAUAUGUGCACACACUGACCGUUACAGUAUGUACAAAGUGGGGCCUGUUCUUGCAGUCAGUCAUGGCAUGGGAAUUCCCUCAAUGUCAAUCAUGUUACAUGAGCUCAUCAAGUUGCUGUAUCAUGCCAAGUGCACUGAUGUUGUUGCCUUUCGUAUUGGAACCUCAGGUGGAAUAGGCUUGCAGCCAGGCACAGUUGUGAUCAGCAAAGUCUCAGUCGAUGCUUGCUUCCAACCACACUUUGAACAGAAUGUAAUGGGGACGAUCAAGCCUUACUCCACAGUACUAAAUGAAUGUCUGGUUCAGGAACUGCUGAACUGCAGCAAAGAAACCAAUCAAUUUGACACCAUCAUUGGUACAACUCUGUGCACCUCUGAUUUCUAUGAAGGUCAAGCCCGUUUAGAUGGUGCGUUCUGCAACUAUACCCAUGAGGAUAAGAUGAAAUACUUGAAUAGGGCCUAUGACGCAGGGGUUCGCAACAUUGAAAUGGAGUCCUCUAUUUUCGCAGCUAUGUGCAAUCGAAGUGGUCUACCAGGUGCAGUAGUUUGCGUAACUCUGCUGGAUCGACUGCAAGGUGAUCAAAUCGGAAGUUCCCAUGAAGUGCUUGCAGAAUAUCAGGAGAGACCACAGAAAUUAGUUGGUUGUUACAUUAAAAAAAAAUUCUGCAAAAUGUAGGCAAGUUUUGACUGUUCAUAACAUUGAGAAGAAUGAGUUUUUUUUUCUCAACUUUUUUAUGAGCUUAUGUUAGUUUAAAUAUUUGAAAUGGAGACUUUCUUAUGCUUGCACAUUACCUCUGUUUAUUUUGAAAGUCAUAAUAGAAGUUCAGUGGUAAAUAAUCUGUUUUGAUAUCCCCACUGUUUGGUAAAAUAAAUAGUUUCAUUUAGCCUGGCUAGGUGCUGAAGAAUAAAGAUUUAAAUCAC